AUGAUAUCUUCUAUCAAGGAAAAAUCUAAUGAAUUUAUAAAUAUGGCUACAUCUGUACUGACAUCAGAAUUAUCAUUGGAUCAAAAUAAUGAAAAUAAUGUAAUUGAUAAACUCUUGGAUCAUGAUCCUGGAAAAAGAGAAAAAGUUCAGUCGUCUUCUCAACGAAAUUAUUUAUUUAGCUUAGGGCCAUUUCAACCAAAAUUACAAAGAUAUCCUAUCAACAUAAAUAUUCCCCAAGGAAGACAACGGCAGUUUAAUUCAAAUUGGUUCACAGAAUAUCCAUAUUUAGAGUACAGUGUACAUAGUGAUGCAGUUAACUGUUUUAUAUGUGGAUUAUUUCCCAAUCGUUCAUGUGCAGAAACAUCUUGGACAAAAGAAGGAGUUAGAACCUGGCAUAAGAUGAAAUCUAAAGGUAAAAAUAGAAAAGGAAAAUUAGAACUACAUUUUACAUCAAAAUCUCACCAAUUCGCAUUGAACGAUUACAGCAAUUUCAUAUUACAUUCUAAUCAUAUCGAUGGACUUCUCAAUAAGGAACAUAGAAAAACAGCCAUAAACUUUAUUCAGCAAAAAGAAUUUCAUAAAGAUGUAAUUAAAAUUUUAUUUGAUGUAUCUCGUACUUUAGCACGUCAAGGAUUGCCGUUCAGAGUAGAUGGAGAUGAGAAAAAUGGGAACUUUAACCAAAUUAUUUUACUUUUAUCACGUCACUGUCCAGUUAUGAAGACUUGGAUAGAAGAAGUUAAAUUUCGACCCUAUCACAUUAGUUAUAUGAGUCAUGACUCUCAAAAUGAGUUUAUUAAAUUACUUGCAUUAGAAACAAAAAAACAAAUAGUUAAAGAAGUAAACGAUGCAAACAUGUAUUCAAUUAUGGCUGAUACUACCCCAGAUAUGUCUAAUCGUGACCAGAUGUCGGUUUGUGUCCGUUAUGUAGAUUCGUCAGGAAAAGUAUUGGAACGAUUAAUUGAAUUAGUGGAAGUAACUGAUAAAACUGGAAAAGGUACAGCACAAAAUAUCAGUGAUGUGUUAACUAAAAACUAUCUUGAUUUAGAACGUAUUGUAUUUCAGUCAUACGACUAUGCAAGCAGUAUGUCUGGAAAAUUUCAAGGAGCUCAAGCUAUGUUAUCUGAACUAGUUGGUUAUCAUAUACAUUAUAUCCCUUGUCGGGCCCAUAGAUUAAAUACAUUUGUAGAGCAUAGUUGUGAAUCAAGUAUUAUAGUUUGUGAGCUAUUUACUUCUUUAGAAAGUUUAUAUGUAUUUUUCUCUUCAAGUACUAAACGAAGUUGUAGUUUAGAAAAAACACUUUCAGAAAUUGAAGGAUCUUUAAAGCUUCGUAAUUUGUCUAAGACUAGAUGGACUGCAAGGGCAGAAUCUGUACGGGUGGUUUGGCUGUCGUUUGAAGGAAUUGUUUCAGUUCUACAUGAAAUAUCUAUAAAUUCAAGUAUCGAUAAAAAAACUAGAGUACAAGCAUUAGGCCUUGAGAAGAAAUGUUUAUCAAUUGACUUUAUCAUUUAUUUGUACUUCAUGAACCAUAUAAUGUACCAAAUGAAAAUAUUGACUGAAAUGUUGGAGACUAAAGAUCUUAAUAUAGUUGAUGCACUAAUAUUAAUUGAUAGUUCAAUUAAAUCACUUACAGAAACUAGAAACAAUGAAAUACUGAUUAAUGAACUUAUAGCCAGUGCCAAAUCAUUUUUUCUAAAACUAGAUAUUGAUUUUAUUGGCGAUUUUAAUCAACAUCAUAGAAAAAGAUCAAAACCAAGAAAAAUUGACUCAAAUCCACAAUCACAUGUACACUUAACUUAUGAAGACUUUUAUAGAAAAGAAUUUCUUUAA